GGAGAGGGAAGGGAAGGGAAGGGAAGGGAGAAUGUAAGAGAGAAAGAUAUUGAAAAGGAAUUGACAGAACAUUUUGGGAGGGAAAAAUGAGAAUGAAAUGAAGUGAAGGCAUUGCGAGAACGUAACAGUAAUAAUAGAUGGCAAAGGCAAAGCUUUCGAGCUUAGUGCACGAGCUUCGAGAACGCAUUGCGGCUUCUUCUUCAACUCCAACCACCACCACCACCACCACUAACAAUAAUGUAACUGCCUCAGACGACGACGCUUUGGAAGUCAGGUUUCGUAGCGUGCUCCCUAAUCUUAUCAACGCAUACCUGCUCCCUUACUCCUCCGCCAAUGAGAGAGAAGCCAUCGCCGUCGUCAAGCUCGUCUCUCACACCGCCAAGUACUUCCCCGGCGUCUUCUUCCACGGCUCCGACUCUGCUUCCCUUCUCCCUAUCCUCGCUCGCCUUCUCCCUUUCUUCUCCGAUCCUCUCUUCCGCUCUCGUCAUGCUGUCUUCUUCGAAGCUCUUGGAUCUCUUCUCUCCUUGCUUCGUACCGGUGCUCGCGACGCUUUCCGCCACUUCUUCCUUGACGCCAUGCUCGCCGUUCAAGAUGUCGUACACGUGGCUUCCCUUUGCCAUCAACAUGAUUGCAAUGAUGGAUCAUCAACUUCUAAGUUCACGAUUAAGUGUUUCUGCGACUCGUUCUCAGGAAUAGGAGAUCUACCGGCAACGCUCAAACCGUUGGAUGGUUAUGGUUUAUUGAUUGACCUCAGUGGCCAAGCGAGGUGGCAGCCUUUUGCUACUUGGAUUUUGAAGCUUAUCAGUAAAUGUAUCACCAAAGGAACGCUUUAUGUUGAAGGAUUGAUCGGCGUGUCGUUUGUUUCUGCUGCAUGUUCGCUCUUAUGCUAUGGGGAUUCUGAUCUUCACAUGGCAUGCUUUGACUUUGUACACAUCCUUGGAACUGUUACAAACUAUGAUAUCAUUCCUUAUUACAAUUUAAUCCUGUCAAUAUGUACUAUCCUGAAUGUGGACAAGGAGGGGCUUCCUGUAUUCAGAAACAUGGCUUAUGAUUCUUCGAUGGGUAUUUGCCUCAAUGCACUCUACUCUAGCUGCCCAGAAGAUGUUGUCAAACUUACCGCUGCUGAUUUAGUCAGUGUAUUCCGCCGAUCGUUGUCGAGAACCAAAAGCCAGGAACUUAAGGUUGCACUAUGCAGUGCCUAUGCUAGGAUUGCGCGAGUUUGUCCUCCGCAUAUCUGGCAGCCAGAAUAUCUAAUAUCUGCACUUUAUCAACUAGAAGACCUAUUCCGGCCUCUAAUAGAUUGCUUUCAAGUAGCUCUAUCUACACUUGGUCCACAUCUUGUUGGGGGAGUCCAAGGAAAUGAUAACACUUUAACCACAUUAGCAUCCAAUGAUCAGUCAAUUCAAAGCAUGAGGCUUGGCCUAAAGAGGCCCAUUGAGGACGUUCAUAAUCCAACAAUCAAGCGGCAAAAAGUGAAUGAGGAAAUUGUUGCCAGUCUUGAGAUGGAAUGCAAAUAUAGUGGUAUAGUUACUUGCCAAAGGGUAGAGGAUUAUGCUGAUCAUAUGAAUAAAUCUCUUCUUUCAUUUGUCCAAUCAUUAAAUGCUCCUGCUGUUAGUGAUGCUUUGCUGAGUUUGAGACCGAUGGCCGCUUUAUCUGCACUUAGCAUGCUAUGCAUUACCUUUUCUAUUUAUCCAGAAACUGAUAUAUAUCUCAGAAUUUUUCAGCAGAUGCAUACAUGGCUUCCUUGGAUAGUUGAACAGGCUAAAGAAGGAAAUUCAAUUACCAUAGAUAUCUCCACCUACCUGGAAGGAAUUCACAGUAUAUUGCUUUCCCAAAGAUCUGCUUUCAAGGAAAACAACAACUUAUUGCAAGAUAAGCGAUACCGUGAAGACCUUUGUGUAGUGCUUAAACUUCCUUGGACUCAUAUGCUACCUGCUGUUGAUAACCAUUGCCCAUGGAAAGCAAAAUGCCUUUCUCUUCAAGUAUUAUCCAAGCUAGGCCCAAACUUGAGCAGCAGUGUUGUUCUUGAAGUUUUAGAUAUGGGUCUGCAUGAUGAAGCUGAAAAAGUAAGAACUGAAGCUGUCAUUUCUAUGCCAGUGAUGCUUUUCUGGUCUACUCUUGAUAUAUCAUCUCCUGUCAUUCAAAAGAUUGAGUACAUAAGGAGAGAUAAUGAGAAGGUAAAGAAAUUGGUUCCCAUAACACUUGGUAUGUUGUCAUGCCUUUAUGGAUGCAGAGGAGCUACCUCUGGCUUACAUACAGAUGAAUGCAAAUUAUUUCUGAAUGUAAAAGAUGGAAAACCAUGUUGGUCGGUAGAUUGUUUACUGCAAAAUUUCAGAUGCUCAAAAUGUGACAGAAAUUUUAUUCGCAAUCAUGGUGAGCAGCAUCCUCCAAUUAUUCACCAAGCUAAUGUGCAUGGAGCAAAUGUAGAUGUUAGUUUGGAAUGUAAUCUUAUUCAACUUCAGUCUUUAUUUUUUGAACUUCUGUUUGAUGAGUCAUCACAUGAUGUCCAAAUUUCCUGCGUGAAAGUUAUUCAUCGCAUCCUUGCACAUGGAUCUGCGGAUAAUCUGAUUCAAACUAGAUUUCAGUGGAUAAAAUGUGUAGAGUUUCUUUUAAUUAGCAGGAGCAAGGAAUUGAGAGAAGCAUUUUGCAGUCAGAUUAGUUCAUUUGCAGACAAUCUCAUUUUGAGUUUGAUUUUUCCUGGAGAUGUUGACAAAAGCAAGGAGCAGAAAUUCUUGGAUACAAUUCAACAUGCCAUGACAGUAGCAGAAAGUCCUCAGAUAUUAGAGACUCUAAUGGAAUGCAUAGCGGAAAUAAUGUCUGCUGUUAAUGUAGAUAGCAAAAUGUUCUUGUAUUGUCUAAUUUUGUUGGUUGAUCGGCUAGAUAGCAUGCAUGUGGCGGUAAGAAUGAAUGCAUCAAGGUUAAUACACAAGGCUUGCUAUUUCCAUCUGAAAGGAGGUCUGGAGCUAAUUCUUUUAAAAGAUGUUCAUAUUUGUACCGAACUGUAUGAUUAUAUCUCUGAGAGACUUGCGAGCCGUCCGGUUUUAGUGAAGGAGUUUGCGGAAGCUGUUUUUGGCAUUGAGACUGAAGAACUUGUGAAGAAAAUGGUCCCUUUUGUUCUCCCAAAGCUUGUGGUCUGUCAUCAGGACAACAAUCAAGCAGUUGACACCUUACAUGAGUUGGCCAAGUGUUUGAACACUGAUAUGGUGCCACUUAUAGUUAACUGGCUGCCAAAAGUGCUUGCAUUUGCUCUUCAUCAAGCAGAUGACCAAAAGUUACUUGCUUCUGUGCAGUUUUACCAUGCACAAACUGGUUCCAACAAGCAGGAAAUAUUUGCAGCUGCUUUACCUGCACUUCUAGAUGAACUUAUAUGCUUUACAGAUGGUGGUGAUUCAGAUGAGAUAAAUAUAAGAUUAGCAAGAGUGCCUCAGAUGAUUAAAGGCAUUGCUAUUGUUCUCACUGGUGGAGAUGAUCUUCCAGGGUUUUUGAGGAAUCAUUUUGUUGGCCUCCUUAAUAGUAUAGACAGGAAGUUGCUCCAUGCUGACGAUUUUGUGCUUCGGAGACAAGCAUUGAAGCGUAUUGAGAUGCUUAUUAGAAUGAUGGGUUCUCAUCUUAAUACUUAUGUACCAAAAUUGAUGGUUCUUCUGAUGCAUGCAAUAGGUAAUGAAUCACUGCAAAAGGAGGGUCUGUCUGUCUUGCACUUUUUCAUAAAACAAUUGGCUGAAGUAUCACCAUCUAGCAUUAAGCAUAUAAUUUCUCAAGUUUUUGCCUCCCUUCUUCCGUUCUUGGAAAGAGACAAAGAAAAUUCCUCCACACACUUGGACAAAGUGGUAGAAAUUUUGAAAGAACUGAGUCUUAAGAACACGGCUAUCCUAAAACAGCAUAUAUGUGAGUUCCCCCCGUUACCCAGCAUACCUGCUUUGAAGGAAGUGAACAAAGCGAUUGAGGAUGCACGUGGGUCAUCAAAUUUGAAGGAUCAGUUGCGAGAUGUAGUGGAUGGUUUAAAUCACGAGAACUUAAAUGUGAGGUACAUGGUAGCAUGUGAGCUUUGCAAGCUUUUGAACUUGAGAUGGAAGGAUGUUACCGCUCUAAUCACUGCUGAAUCUGGUUCAGACUUGGAUGUCUUGAGUUUGUUGAUCACAUCACUGUUAAGAGGAUGUGCAGAAGAGUCAAGGACUGCAGUUGGGCAGCGGUUGAAGUUGGUUUGUGCUGAUUGUCUCGGAGCCCUUGGUGCUGUUGACCCUGCUAAAGUAAAAAGCUUUUCAUGUCAACGUUUCAAAAUUCAAUGUUCUGAUGAUGACCUCAUAUUUGAACUGAUCCACAAACACCUAGCUCGGGCAUUUAGAUCAGCUCCUGAUACUGUUAUUCAAGACUCUGCCGCAUUGGCUAUACAAGAGUUACUAAAAUUUGCUGGUUGUGAAGCAUCGCUGGAUGAGAAUGCUCCAGCUUCCACAUCACAGGAAAAGAAGGAUGAGGAUAAUAGUAACAGUUUUACAUCCAAAAUUAAGAGAUCCAAUUGUAGUAAUGUGAUGAACAAUAGAGGCCAAAAAUUAUGGGACCGGUUCUCUAAUUAUGUGAAAGAGAUAAUUGCCCCAUGCUUAACAUCUAGGUUUCAGCUUCCUAAAGUGCCCGAAUCAACAUCUGCUGGCCCAAUUUACCGCCCUUCUAUGUCAUUUAGAAGAUGGAUAUUCUUUUGGAUUAGGAAACUGACUAUGCAUGCUACUGGAUCUCGUGCAAGCAUCUUUAAUGCUUGUCGAGGUAUUAUACGCCAUGAUAUGCAAACAGCAAUAUAUUUGCUUCCAUACUUAGUUCUUAAUGCUGUCUGUCAUGGAACACAGGAGGCACGGCACAGUAUAACAGAAGAAAUCCUUUCAGUUCUUGAUGCAGCUGCAUCAGAGAACAGUGGUGCUCCAGUUCAUGGAUACAGUGGUGGUCAAAGUGAAGUUUGUAUUCAAGCUGUGUUUACUCUUCUUGAUAAUCUUGGACAAUGGGUGGAUGAUGUUGAACAAGGGCUUGCACUUUCCCUUUCUAAUUCAUCAGCAUCUAAGCAACAGAACUCAAAGGAUCCAACUUCAAAUUCCUUGACAUAUCAGGACCAACUCCUUGUACAGUGUAAAUAUGUUUCUGAGCUUCUCUCUGCAAUUCCAAAGGUGACUCUUGCUAGUGCUUCUUUUAGGUGUCAGGCUUAUGCAAGGUCCUUGAUGUACUUUGAAUCCUAUGUGAGGGAAAAGUCAGGUGCUUUCAAUCCUGCUGCUGAGAGGAGUGGCAUCUUUCAGGACGAAGAUGUUUCUCAUCUUAUGGAAAUAUACAGCUGUUUGGAUGAACCAGAUGGGUUGUUUGGCUUGUCCUGUUUAAGUAAAUCUUUGAGGUUGCAAGAUCAACUUCUAAUAAACAAAAAAGCUGGUAACUGGGCUGAUGUGUUGACUUCCUGUGAACAAGCUUUGCAGAUGGAGCCAACCUCAGUUCAGAGGCAUUCAGAUGUCCUUAACUGUUUACUGAACAUGUGCCAUCUUCAGGCCAUGGUCACUCAUGUUGAUGGUUUGAUUUCUAGGAUUCCUCAGUACAAGAAAGCAUGGUCCAUGCAAGGUGUGCAGGCAGCCUGGAGGCUUGGCAGGUGGGAUUUGAUGAAUGAGUACCUUAGUGGAGCUGAUGAAGAAGGUUUAGUUUGCAGCAGCUCUGAAAGUAAUGCUUCAUUUGACUUGGAUGUUGCAAAGAUUCUUCAAGCAAUGAUGAAGAGGGAUCACUUCUCAGUUGCAGAGAAAAUUGCUUUAUCCAAGCAGUCAUUAAUUGCCCCUUUAGCUGCUGCAGGGAUGGAUUCUUACAUGCGGGCAUACCCAUUCGUUGUAAAACUUCACUUUCUACGGGAGUUGGAGGACUUCCAUUCUCUUUUAGGUGAUGACUCUUUCUUAGAGAAAUCAUUUCAUUUGGGUGAUUUAGCUUUCUCCAAAUUGGUUGAAAACUGGGAUAAUCGUAUCAGAUUUACACAAUCUUCACUAUGGGCUAGAGAGCCACUACUAGCUUUGAGGAGACUGGUUUUCAGUGCAAGCAGUCUUCGUCCUCAAGUUGGUAACUGCUGGCUUCAAUAUUCAAAGUUAUGUCGCUUGGCUGGUCACUAUGAAACAGCCAACAGAGCAAUUUUAGAAGCCCAGGCCUGUGGUGCUCCUAACGUCCACAUGGAAAAUGCAAAACUUCUUUGGAGUACCCGGCGGUCAGAUGGUGCCAUUGCAGUAUUACAGCAAUCUCUCUUGAACAUGCCCGUUGAAGUGUUAGGCUGUGCUGCUCUGUCAUCUAUUACUAGCCUUUCCCUAGUACCACUUAACCCAGCACCUAUUGUCUGUGAAAGUCAAUCUCCAAAUGAGAACAGAGAUAUUGCGAAGACUCUCCUUUUGUACUCAAGGUGGAUUCAUUACACUGGCCAGAAACAGAAGGAAGAUGUCAUAAGUCUUUAUACGAGGGUGAGGGAACUGCAGCCCAAAUGGGAGAAAGGAUACUUCUAUAUUGCUAAGUAUUGUGAUGAAGUGCUCGGUGAUGCCCGGAAACGCCAGGAGGAGAAUAUUGAACUUGGUCCCAGACGAGUUUCUUCAAAGGCUGCUACUGUUGGUGGUGAAAUGUCUUGGUGGUCCUAUCUUCCUGAUGUACUGUUAUUCUACGCAAAAGGACUUCACAGGGGACACAAGAAUCUAUUUCAGGCACUUCCAAGGUUAUUAACCCUGUGGUUUGACUUUGGAAGUAUGUGUCAAAGAAGUGGUUCCUCAAACCUUAAAGAUCUAAAGAGUAUACAUGGGAAGGUAAUGAGUAUUAUGAGAGGAUGCUUGAAGGAUUUACCAACAUACCAUUGGUUGACGGUGCUACCUCAACUGGUUUCUAGAAUUUGCCACCAGAAUGAAGAAAUUGUUCGACUGGUUAAACUUAUUAUUAUCUCUGUUCUUCGUCAGUAUCCACAGCAGGGCCUAUGGAUUAUGGCUGCAGUUUCAAAAUCUACUGUUCCUUCAAGGCGGGAAGCAGCAGCUGAAAUCAUACAAGGUGCACGUAAAGGUUUCAGCCUGGGAAGUAAUGAGAACAGUUUGUUUGUUCAAUUUGCGAGCCUUAUUGAUCAUUUGAUCAAGUUAUGCUUUCAUCCUGGUCAGCCAAGGGCAAGGACAAUUAAUCUCUCAACUGAAUUUAGUGCUCUAAAGAGGAUGAUGCCUCUGGGGAUCAUUAUGCCAAUUCAACAAUCUCUUACCGUUAAUCUGCCAACAGUUGAGGGGAAGCCUGGUGAUUCACUUAUGCCAGAUAUCUUUGCUGCCACAGAUCUUCCUACCAUAGCAGGAAUUUCAGAUGAGGCUGAAAUUCUUUCAUCUCUUCAGCGACCUAAGAAAAUCAUUCUACUGGGCAGUGAUGGCCUUGAACGUCCCUUUCUUUGCAAACCUAAGGAUGAUCUUCGCAAAGAUGCCCGCAUGAUGGAGUUUACUGCAAUGAUUAAUCGAUUGCUAUCCAAAUAUCCUGAAAGUCGACGAAGGAAGCUCUAUAUUCGUACUUUUGCUGUGAUUCCUUUGACAGAGGACUGUGGUAUGGUAGAGUGGGUGCCCCACACUCGUGGACUUCGACAAAUUCUUCAAGACAUAUAUAUAACUUGUGGGAAGUAUGACAGGCAGAAAACUAAUGGUCAUAUUAAACGAAUUUAUGAUCAAUGCCAAGGUAAAAUGCCAGAGGAUGAGAUGCUUAAGGGAAAAAUCCUUCCGAUGUUUCCUCCUGUUUUCCACAAAUGGUUCUUGACUACAUUUUCUGAGCCUGCUGCCUGGUUCAGGGCCCGUGUUGCUUAUGCUCACACUACUGCAGUUUGGUCUAUGGUCGGGCAUAUUGUGGGGCUGGGUGACCGGCAUGGUGAAAACAUUCUUUUUGACUCUACCAGUGGUGAUUGUGUUCAUGUUGAUUUCAGUUGCUUAUUUGACAGAGGCCUGCAGUUGGAGAAGCCUGAGCUUGUUCCUUUUCGGUUAACCCAGAACAUGAUUGAUGGUUUAGGUAUCACUGGAUAUGAGGGAAUCUUCUUGAGGGUUUGUGAAAUUACACUUUCUGUAUUGAGGACACACAGGGAGACUCUUAUGAGCGUUCUUGAAACUUUCAUCCAUGAUCCACUUGUGGAAUGGACAAAAUCUCACAAGUCCAGUGGAGUAGAAGUUCAGAAUCCACAUGCACAGAGAGCCAUUAGUAAUAUUGAAGCAAGGUUACAAGGGGUUGUGGUUGGUGUUGGAGCUGCACCUUCGUUGCCCCUUGCUGUAGAAGGUCAAGCCCGAAGACUGAUUGCUGAAGCAGUAUCUCACAAGAAUCUUGGAAAGAUGUACAUAUGGUGGAUGCCAUGGUUUUGAGGAUCAGUUGAAUUGAAAAGUUCUUACAAUAGUUUAGACAGUUACAAUACAACGUUGCUAAUUAAUCUAGAAUUGAACCAGCAAGCUGAGGACGGAUUUGUUCGAGGUCAUCCUCUUUUGGUAUAGUAGUUACAGGACUUUGAGACGCAGGAGAUUCAACCUCAUCCAGCUGCAAGUACUAUGCCCAUUUUGCUUAACCUGGCUAGAUCCAUCAGCUAGAAGGGUGCAUCGCAUUGGAAGUAUAGAUCCUCUGUUUUAUUUCUUUGUAUAUAACUUCUCUCGGGGUAGUUAUGGACCCAUUCCUUAUAUAUGAAUGCAUCAAAUUACAUGGUUCCAUGUGAUAAUUUCAUAGCAUAUGUACAGGUAAGUGUAUAACAACUUGCAUGGAGAAGGGAAAAAAUGUAAAAAACAA